AUGGCGCCGAUCAUCAAACAAUGGAAGAGUAAUCUCCAGGGCUUCGACAGUCUGCACCAGGCCGAAGCUCCCAUGCCCACACCCGGUAAAGGCGAAGUCCUUGUGGAAAUCCAUGCCGUCUCUCUCAACUAUCGCGAUACCGAGGUGGUCCAAGGAGAGUACAACCAUCACAAAGCCACCGAUGGCAUCGAAACCGUCGUCGUUCCCUGCAGCGAUAUGAGCGGCGUCGUCACGCAGGUGGGGGACGGCGUGACCACCUGGAAAGUCGGCGAUCGCGUUCUCUCGACCUUCCUGCCCGAUCACCAGACCGGACAAGUGACCGAGAAAGAGCUCGGCGGAAGCCUGGGCUUACCGGUGGACGGAGUGCUAGCCACACACCGAGUGUUUCCGGAGCGCGCCCUGGUUCGGGCUCCGGCGCAUAUGAUGCACGAAGAGGGCAGCACUCUCCCCAUUGCGAGUGUGACGGCGUGGAUGUCGAUCAAUGGGAUGCGGCCGAUGGGUCAGAACGGUGGCCAGGGGGAAUAUGUGCUUCUUCUUGGCACCGGUGGCGUCUCGAUUGCCGGGUUGCAGAUUGCCAAGGCGUCUGGCGCGAAGGUGAUUAUUACUUCGUCCUCCGAUGAGAAGCUGGAGCAAGCGAGGAAGCUCGGGGCCGACUACACCAUCAACUACCGCACGCAGCCUGACUGGGACAAGGAAGUGAUGCGAGUGACCAACAACCACGGCGCGGACAUCAUCCUCGAGACUGGCGGGUCCGAUACCCUGAGCAAGACCUUUGACUGUGCUGCCUUUGGCGGGUUGAUCGACUGCAUCGGCUACACCUCCGGCAAGCAGCACAACCCGAACGACCGCUUGAACAUGAACGUCCUCACGCUGCGCAAGGACCUGACGAUUAAGGGGAUUAUCAACGGGCCCAAGGACCGGUUCGAGGAGAUGGUCCAGUUCUACGAGAAGCACCAGAUCCACCCGGUCGUCAAUCGGGUCUUCCCCUUCGAGGAGGCCAGGGCGGCAUUCCAAUUCCUGGCCAGCGGGGCGCAUUUCGGCAAGGUCGUGGUCAAGGUGAAGGAUCCGUAG